CGCAUCAUUAGUCUUCAGCUGUCUGGGAGCUGAGCAGCUGUCACACUUGAGUGAGUACAACCAGCGGACGACACGUACUCCUGUGUUUGAGAGGCUUUGCCAGAAUGGCACGUGGGCACCAGAAGAUUCAGUCUCAGCAGAAAAACGCCAAGAAACAGGCUGAGAUAAAGAAGGCCAAGGGUCAUGAUCAAAAGACGGCAGCAAAGGCAGCGCUAGUGUUCACCUGUCUUGUGUGCAGGUCCCAGAUGCCCGACCCAAAAACCUUCAAGCAGCACUUCGAGAGCAAGCACCCGAAAUCCCCUCUGCCCCCUGAGUUAGAGGGAGUGGAGGCAUAAGCGGUCAAGUUCUUCAAGGCCCUGCAGCAACUCUGCACUUGUCUCAGUCUGACAGCAGUGGAUGAUUUGAUGUAACCACAUGAAGCAGUUAAUCUUCAUUUAGGCUUUAACAAGCCAGGUUGCCUUUGACCAAUGUUUCCUCCCAUCCAGUCCUGUUUUCGCUUGUGUUUAAUUACACACGGGGCAAAUGUCGGUUUCGAUUGAGGGCCACUGAAGACCUGUACGAUCAAGGAGCAAUUCAAGCGGUGAAUGAAGAUUUCUGCCUUCGUUCACACAGUUUCUCAGAACUGCCCUGAGGUGUUGUGCACAUGGGAAUAUAUCUUGCUGCUAGCUCUUGUACCUCUUUAUCUGAAGCUUUGAUGGAUUGUCUAAUGAAGUCUUUAUAGCCAUGAGGUAAACACAUAUGCAUAAACAUAAACAAAGCAUGGAUUUGGCUUGGGUGGGAGAAUUCUAAUUUUAAGUUUGCUGAAGUCAAAGCAAUGACAAAUGUGACCUCAUCUCUUUUAUUAGUGCUUUGAGUGUUAAAUCAAAGGGCGCGUGUGAGAUUUUUUUCUCACUUCAGUUGUUAAAUAUGGAAAUCUUCACACAGCGCUGUCUGCCAUCUUCUGCUGCAAUCUGUCACUGAGCUAAUCAUAAUUUCAUGUUGGGUCAAUAGAAUGUGAAAUUUUGCUAGCCAUUUCCAAGCUGCUACAUGAAUUGCCACUUAUUACAAUUUUACAGGGGCUUGUCGGUAACAUUUGUACAGCUGGAAAAUGAAUGUAUGCUCCAAUGAUGUAUUAUAGCAUUUUAUUAAAUUUUACUUUGUUGUA